UGUUCCUGCACCUAUCUUCCACAGAUCUUGAAUGAAUCAUUGAUUCAUAUUACCAAGUAUCUUCUUUUUUUUUUUUUUUUUUGGUUAUCUUCUCUUUUAUUCCUCAUCAUUUCGGUAUUGCCAUAUACAUAUAUAAAUUUUCCUCCUUGUAAGAAUCUCAAGAAAUGGCAACCACUGAUCAAAAUCCAAGCAACUUGGCAGAGUCCUAUCAUCAAAAUCACAUGGUCUCAGUACAGAACCCACAACCCAAAUUCCCACUACUCUUCCUCCGUCGGUUUCGAAGUCUAUACGAAGAGCACUGCCCACCUGGCUUUCUCAGAAAGGCAGUAGCAGAAAUAAUAGCGACUUUUCUACUGGUGUUCGUGACGUGUGGUUCAGCUGCGCUGAGUACAAGCGACGAACACAAGGUCUCAAGGCUGGGAGCUUCGGUUGCCGGUGGGCUUAUCGUGACUGUAAUGAUCUAUGCCGUCGGCCAUAUCUCCGGCGCUCACAUGAACCCGGCAGUCACUAUCGCCUUUGCCGCCGUUAGGCAUUUCCCCUGGAAACAGGUGCCAUUCUAUGCAGCAGCUCAAGUGAGCGGAGGAAUGGCAGCCUCGUUUACACUUCGCCUACUACUGCACCUAAAGAAUUUAGGCACGACUUCUCCUUCAGGUUCCAAUCUCCAGGCCUUAGUCAUGGAGAUUGUUGUUACCUUUUCCAUGAUGUUCAUCACUUCUGCUGUUGCCACUGACACCAAAGCUAUAGGAGAGUUAGCCGGGAUUGCAGUUGGUUCCACAGUUUGCAUAACUUCCAUCUUAGCCGGGCCAAUAUCAGGUGGAUCCAUGAACCCAGCAAGGAGCAUAGGUCCGGCGGUUGCGAGCUCAAACUAUAAAGGGAUUUGGGUGUACAUGGUUGGACCGGUGAUGGGGACACUGAUGGGAGCAUGGUCCUACAGCCUCAUCCGGGUGACAAACCAGCCUGCCCACGAGAUCUCUCCCAGACCACCGUAUUCUCUCAAACUUCGUCGACUACGGAGCGACGACCACCCACCUACCAUACAAAAAGAUAUUAUAGAUCCACCAGAUACCGUAUAGCUACAUUCUAUUGGAUCAAAAUAUCCAUUUUGCUAGGUAUAUGCUAAGCUUGUGGCAACUGGACAUGAUGUACAUUUUUACAUUGUUGGUAAUACAUGUCAUGUCACAUUUUUACUUUUUCA